AUGGAGAUCGCUUGUUGGAAAAAAGAGACUUGUGUGUUGUGGUCAUGUGAAUGGGGUGGGAAGAUGAAAAGCUCCAUUGCCUCUUCUUCUUCUUCUUCUUCGGCUGCUCAUAACUUACCUUACGUUUUACCUCCAGGCUUCAAGUUUACACCAAGCGAUGAGGAACUCUUUAUUAACUACUUGAAACCUUUCUCACCAGACAGGAAAUAUUAUUACCCACCGUUUAAUAUUCCUAUCCAUCACGUCAAUAUUUACAAGUCCAACCCAUAUCAACUUUCAGUUGAAUUCGAGAAGGGUAACGAUGAAGAGUGGUUCUUUGUAACGGAGAGAAACAAGAUAGGUAAAAAUGGGAAAAAGCAGAACCGUGGUGAUGACAGUGGAGGAUACUGGAAUGCAACCGUAGGUGCCAAGCAGAUUUACGCUGGACAAGACGACGUCGGCUACGUGACCGCACUUGAAUACUGCGUUGGGAGACCACCAAACGGCGUAAAGACGGAUUGGUUAAUGCAUGAAUACUGGUUUGAGUCGUCUUCUGAUGAUAACGACAAGGUGGAUUAUGCUUUGUGCAAGAUUUAUCUGACUCCGUCGGCAGUAAAAAGGAUGAAAGCAGAGAAAAAAGAGAAGCUGAAGAAAGGAAAAGGCGUAUCAAAAGAGGAGGUUAAGCAGCUGGAUUUGCAGCAUCAACAGGACCAGUCGCAGCUCCAGCAGCCUCAUGAUUCUUUACUCCCAGCACAGCAACAUGAGCCGCAGCCACAGCCACCUGUGAUCCCAGACGAUGAUAACUUUGAUGACUUUGAUGAGCUCCCAGAAGAUUUUAAAGAUUUCUUGGCUCAAUUAAUGAAGCCAGAUUCACUCGAUGGAGAUGAGCAACCCGACGAUAGUGAUUUUCUUCAAGGCUUCAUCACAGAUGGAAUGGAAUGA